AUGCCCAGGCAAUCAACCCGCCUCUCUGCACGUGUGAAGCUCGAGAGCCCCAAAGGCCAGGCUGCAAUGCCCGCGGGCGCCCCUCUGGCAAGGACCAGGUCGAGGGUAGUUGGAGCCCCUGGGAGCACCGUCGUUGAUAAGAGGGCCUCUAGCCGUGCCGCCCUAGCAAUCAAGCUGGCGAAAUUAGGUCACAAACCACCUGCUACGGACUCAUCGACCUGGCCUGCGAGUGAGUUGGGCGAGGCAACAAUCUGCAAGAGUUAUGUCAAGAAGUUUUACAGGCUUCACGAUAAGGGCCUGAAGGAUCUUGAAUACAAAAUCGUACCCCACCCGAAUCCUCAAAAGGAGACUUGGAAGGACAUGCACCUCUUCCAAGCCAGUGACAUAGAGCGGAGAGCGUGGCAAAAACAUGAAGGGCCAGCGCGCUUCGAUUGA